AUGAACAAACAUCCUUCAUUUUAUUCAAAAUAUCUGCAUCUAUCCACGAUAAGAUGUUUUAUAAAAGUAUUAAUAACACCUGUAGCAGUAAGAAGCACUACUAUAACUAUCACAAAAAUUAACAUAAAAUUGAAAGAAUCUCAACAAAAUGCUUUUGAAUCAAUAAAAAAAUAGUAAUAGUCAAAAAAAUGGAAGUAUCGAUUUAUUUAAGAACUGUUUAUUCAAACACAAAUUAUAAAUAAAUGA